GGGCGGCAGAAGAGUGGGUCUGUGAUUGUGGAUUUUUCGUUGGGGGUUUUGGCGUUUGUGUGUUCGUUGAGGAUAUAUUGGGUAUGUUCCUAUUCUCCCCUUCCUCUCGUUCUCAUUCUAAUACGUUGGCAAUGUCAAGAUGUCAUUCAUCGAACCGCACAAAUCAUCGCAAUGGACCCCAACCCAAUUCUGGUCCCACAUGCUAACCUUCCCCACAACCUCCGCCUCCCCCCAUCUCCCCCACAAUCACUCCCACCCUACCAAACACCUCUCCCCCCGCCUCGAAAACACCCACCACCUCCUCCUCACCUCCCUCCCCAAAAUAGCCUUCUCCCUCCUCCUCUUCCGCUGUAUCCCCCCACCCGCCUCCUUCUUCUACAUGUCAUUCUCCCAAGCACGCCUCUACAUGGCUUUGUUGGGCUUCAUCCUCCUCAUCUCGCUCGAGGGCUUCGUCGGGGGUUUCUUUGCGGUGGCAGGGCUUGUAGGGGGUGUAAGGCAGAGGGGGAUGUUCAGGCGGGUUUGGCGGGCGGGGGGGUUCCGGGAUUUGUGGGCGAGGAGGUGGAAUUUGCCGGUUCAUGAGGUUUUGCAUGUGGUGGUUUUCGAGAGGGUGAGUUGCCCAUGUUGCAAACUCCUCUUUCGUCCCGAAACACGCUCCCGUCGCGACUCUCAAAGCGUAUCCACUCACGAGACCGAAAGAAAGAACGAUGCCAAAAAACGCGGACCCUGCGAAAACGCAACCGCCGCUCUCUUCACAUUCCUCCUCUCCGGCCUCGCCCACGAAUACCUAACUUGGAUGUCCGCCGGGCACGUCCGCGGAAUAAACAUCCUUUACUUCCUGCUCAACGGGCUGGGUUGUACUCUCGAAACUUUCUACUUUUCCGGAGCAAGGAGACCGGGAUGGGUGUAUCGAGUUGUGUUUCUGGUGGGGUGGGUAUGGGCUAGUGAGGUUUACACGUGUGGGUAUGUCGAGUCAGGGUUUUUCGAAGAAGCGAAGGUGUGGAUGAGGAUGUUUGGGGUGGAGUGUGGGGAGGUUGUGUGGUUAUUCGGACGACCUGCAAAAUGGGACAAAUAACUCCACCCCACGCACGACAGCUGUAUCAGAAA